CGUACCAGCUGUUUUUACGAUUUUUGCGUGAUUUUUGCAAUAACAUUUGGUUUGUUUUUGUUAAAAUUUUUCUUCGACUCCCGGAUUUCUCUCUCUAUUCAGAGGAUAUUACUUAUUUUCCAAAAAAAAGUGAUCAUCAUGAGUGAAACCACGAAAUCUCUUCGCAUAGACUGGUUUGAUGGAACUGUAAUAGAAGAAACCAGGCCAAGUACUUCACAGUUUUCCGAAGAAGACGUAGAACCUCAACCAUCACGUAAAUUGCAAGAAAGUGAGAAGAAACCAAUAGGCUUCAAGAGAUUACAGGACCUUUCGUUAUUGAAGCCCCCAAUCUUGAAUUUGGAACUUUCUAACAGACCCGGUUUUUGGUUACUAUUGAAUACCGAACUCAAAGGCGAUUUUAUUGUACUGAUAGUAAAAAUAUUAGGUCUUUUAUAUAAAUCACUCGACUGCAAUGAAAAAUCGAAAAUAGGUUUUUUAUUAAGGUCGAAGUUUGAAAAAUCAAACUUUCUAAUUCAAUUGAAAGACUAUUUAUGUGAUCUACCGAAAGUUAAAAUAGUUGACAAAAGAAUAAAUAUGCAACUAUGGGACGAUGUGGAAUCAUUUUAUUUCAAUGUGUUAAAGUUUUGCGAGGCAAUUUUUCACUAUGGAGGCCACAGCAAGAAGUUUCUGAAGGAUUUGUAUGACGUUGUGGAGAUGGCGGAGUUAAGUGCUUUAGGCGUUCAAGAGGAACAUAUGGAACCAAUAAGUGAAAGAUUUUAUGAAGAAAUAAGUUGGUUACGGACAGAACUGCUAAAAAGUAUGAACAAUAGUUUAGAAGAAGAUACCUCUAUGGAAGACCCGAUAACAAGCACAGACCCCAAUAGCUUCAGGAAUUUGAACAUAUUCCCAAGUAAAGAGGAUCUGCUUGGACACAGCAAUGUGAAGAUUGUGCCAAAUAUAGUGAACGGGGCAUACAGUAGUGUUGAGCAUUACUUGGAUUUGCAGUUCAAAUUGUUGAGGGAGGAUUGUUUUGGGCCAUUGCGAGAAGGAAUAUGUAAAUACUUAGAAAAUCCAGCAAAAAGAAGGCAUGAGAAUAUAAGAGUAUACCCAAAAGUGCGUAUCAUACGCACCUACGUAAGCAAUAACAGAGUGGGCCACCUAGUGGACAUAGCGUGGACCGAGCGCGUCGCCAAUAGCUCAGUGGACUAUAGGAAGUAUGCGUAUAACAAACGCCUCAUGUUCGGUUCCCUGCUACUCUUUACUGGUGAUAACUUCCAGAAUAUUCUGUGUGCGUCUGUUUUGGACUCGAAUUUGGAUUUGCUGAGGUAUGGCUAUAUUGCAGUGGCUCUUCAAAACCCUGUCUCAAGUAAAGUGUUUUCUGAACCGUACUUGAUGGUUGAAAGCGAAGUGUUCUUCGAGCCUUACCAUAGAGUGUUAAAAGUCUUACAAAAUUCAAGAUCUGACAAUUUACCUAUGAAAAAAUAUAUUGUGGAUGUCCAGAAAGAAACCAACCCACCUGCUUAUCUUACACCACAAACAAUCUACAGCAUACAAAACAGUUCAAAUAAAAAUGAAGAACUAAGUUUCCCAGUACUUGAUACUAACCAAUGGCCCACGUCUCAAUCCUUUGAAUUAGACCAAUCACAAAUGGAUGCCUAUAGUUUUGCUCUAACAAGAGAAUUCGCUGUAAUACAAGGCCCGCCUGGAACUGGCAAAACGUAUUUAGGGGUCAAAAUCGCGUCCACAAUUCUAAGAAACUUGUCCUUAGAAGGUACACCAAUGUUGAUAAUUUGCUACACGAAUCACGCCCUUGAUCAAUUCCUUGAAGGCGUAUUAAAUGUUACCACCAGUAUUGUAAGACUAGGCAGUCAAAGCAAAAGCAAAAUCCUGGAACCGUACAACUUAAAUGCUAUGAGAACGAAAAUGAAAUCGAAAUAUUCAUACUUAUACGCAAAUAAACGUUCAGAAUUAGAAAAGAUCUUCAAACAAAUGACAGAUGUACAGACAGAGAUAGAAAAAUGCGAGAAAGAGAUAAUUAGCUAUAAAACUAUUAAAGCCAACCUCAAAAUAGGUGACGAUAAUUUUAAACUUAAAGAUUUUGGUGAGGAUGCAAUUUUGAGUUGGCUUUUUGGCCAUCUAGACUCAAAUCAAGAUGACUUAGUCAAAGAUGGUGACCAAAACGAUAUUUUAGGAGAUUGGGAAAAACAAUAUGAAGAACUAAACAUAUCAGAUAAAAUAGAAACGUGUUUCUCUGAACAAUGGGCGUUGAAAGAAAUAGAUUCAAUGGAAAACAGUAUAAAGUACUUGAAGGACAUUUCGGACGAACAUUUGGAAGGGCAAAAAAUGACUGAUAAAUUUCAGAACCAAAUUGAUAGGAUUGGAAAGAGGUUGGAGUGUUUUAAGAAAUAUAUGGCCCUAUCGUAUGUCGAAAAGAAUGAAAACCACCUUCCCAACGGGCGAAAUCCUUAUAAUUUAACAGUGGAUGAAAGAUGGAAUUUAUAUUUUAAAGCAGUGGAAACUAUCAAAUGUGAUCUUAUGAACAAAAUGAAUGCUUUAUUGGAUCAACACAACACAUGCAAUGAUGAGUUGAACGAAGUGUCAACGCUGAUCGACAGUGAGGUGGUGAAGACGGCACGCGUGGUGGCGGUGACCACUACCCUCGCGGCGAGGCGACACCAGCUCAUGAAGAGGCUGGAGUGUCCUGUUGUAAUAGUAGAAGAGGCGGCUGAAGUUCUAGAAGCUCACAUAGUGGCGUCUUUGACACAUAAAUGUCAACAUCUUAUACUAAUUGGUGACCACAAACAAUUAAGGCCCACAGCCGCCCACUACGAAUUAGCCAAAAACUAUAACCUAGAGAUAUCUCUCUUCGAGCGAAUGAUAAGGAACGGCAUUCACGCCCGGACUCUCACCAUACAGCGGCGCAUGCGCGCUAACUUUGUAGAGCUACUGGUUCCUGUCAUAUAUGACAAGUUGGACAGUCACCCGAGUGUGCUGUCCUAUCCAAGUGUGCGGGGUAUGAGGGAUAACCUGUACUUCUGUACGCAUGACGUUUUGGAGGACUCUGAGGGUUUGGAAGAUAGUUGGAGUCAUAAGAACACUCUAGAAGCCAAGUGGUGUGUUUCGCUCGCUAACUAUUUAAGGAGAAAGGAAUACGGCGCAAGUGAAAUAACCAUUCUGGCAACUUAUAAUGGACAAGCAACUCUUAUUAAAGAGAUAAGCAAAAAAUACCCAUUGUUACAAGAAGUGAAAAUAACUGUUGUAGACAAUUAUCAAGGCGAAGAGAACAGGAUAGUGAUAUUGUCUUUGGUCAGGAGUAACAAAGACGGCAAGAUCGGUUUUCUCGCUGCGCCCAAUAGGAUCUGCGUUGCGUUGUCUAGAGCUAAAGAAGGUUUUUACAUGUUCGGAAAUAUGAACGUCCUUCGAUCAGCCAGUCCAACAUGGCGAUUCAUUCACGACAAACUCGUCGCGCAAAACGCCAUCGGCAAACAGAUCGUCUUGCGAUGUGAUACACAUAAAGACAAGAUAUUAAAUAUUCAACAUGUCGAAGAUUUAGACAACUGCUUGAAGGAAUCCUGCCUGAAGAAUUGCGAUGAACGCUAACCUUAAUUUUGUUAUUCUCAUGUGAUAUAAAUAAUAGUACCUAGGUACCUAUUCAAUAAAUAUUUAUAUU